CAGCCAUUCUCCCAAAACUCCCAAAUUCUUUUGAUUUAUCUCUAAAUCCACUCAAAGUUUAAAUAGAUCACAACAACACAAGAAGAGAUUUUCGAAUUUGAAGUCCUUAUCAAGAAUUGAAGAAGUUUUCAAAGGCGAUUCAAAUGAGGAGUCCUGAUCUUUUGUAUGAAUCUAGUCUUGAAAGAGGGAAGAUGUGUAAAAGACUAGAUUAGUUUUAGAAUUCCAAUUUCGAAUAGGAUUAGAUUAUUAUAUGUAAUUUUGGGAUUGGGAUUAGAAUUUAAAAUUAAAAAAAGAUUGGAGUUCUCUCUGUUUCUGUAUAAAAAAGGGGGGCGCCUUCGGCUCAGGAGGAGAGGAAAAUUUGAGGGAGAAAGGAAGAAAUUUGGGAGCCGAUAGAUAGUGUGAAGCAAAAGAAGGAAGAAAUCUUGUAUUUUGAAGUUUGCAGCAAAUAAAUAAAUUGGUUUUCUCCUUUUUAGGAGAAAAGCUUUCUUGCAUUGGUAGACCGGGGAGGGGAUGGAUGAGAUGGAGUUUACUGAGGCAGAAAGCAACAUGAACGAUCUUGUAUCAGAGUAUCAGCAGUACCAAGACGCAACAGUGGAUGAGGAAGGAGAUUAUGAGGAUGAGGAUGCUGAAUAUCAGGAUUAAGUCUGUGAUAAAUCUCCAACUUCCAGCUACUGGAAUUAAUGUGAAAAUAAUUGAAAUUAUCAAAGCGGAAAAAUCUUUUUGCUGAAUAAAGUUCCAAUUCUUCC